CGUUUUUGCAGCUCCUCUCAGCAUCAUGAGGAGGGUUAUCCGCACAAAGAGCGUGGAGUUCAUGCCAUUUAACCUCUCCUUUUUCCUCACACUCAGCGCCGUUAUGUGGCUCUGCUAUGGCCUGCUCCUCAAGGAUUUCUACGUCGCGCUUCCAAACACAUUGGGAUUCACAUUCGGGAUGGCUCAGAUGAUUCUGUACGCCAUUUACAGGAAACCCAGGGGGGGUUCUGAGGUAAAGCUCCCGCAGCACAAGGCGGAUAUUGAAACUGUAACCAAGAGUAGUACUAGUUUAGAGAGUCCCGAGGAGCAUGAAAAAGAGGGUGAGGGUCAAGAGGCUGCUCCUGGAUCCAACGGUGAGCAUGCACCGCCAGCACUAGCAUGUUCCAAUGACAAAUAUUGCAUGGACAACAUACAAGCCCCACCCAUGAUCAGAUGCGAGGCUUGAUUCGAUGCAUCAUUGGCUGCGCGUCUUCCCGAAUCUCUCCCUCCCCACCGCGCUGUGUACUAUUAUAAUGUCUUGUCCUGUGUCGUUAUAAUUAAUUAGUAGUAGCUUUAAUUUACGUAUUUGUAAACCUUGGGAGAGCUUCCAUAUCCAUGUAAAAUUUAUGUACCUAACUUUGUUUCUGUGCUUAAUCAUUAUUCUCUUUUAUAUCUCA